AUGCCGGAUUUUAGUGGAAUCCCGUUUACAACAGCUGUGCGAUAUGUACGCCCUGCAAUCUGGGCCAUCGCAGUAUCAGGCGGCAUCUUCAUCGGCCUAUCCUACCUCGAAGCAAAGAAGCAACUCAAGUCUAAAUCCCCACAGCCCUGGCUCCAGUCGUCCCCAGAAUGGAGUACCCGAAAGCCCGCACCCCCAAGCCUAACUGAACUCGCAACGAAAUGGGGGCAAGACCUCGAUCCCAUAUCCCGACUGACUGUUGGUAUCAUCGCCGCAAAUAGCGUUGUACAUCUGGCCAGCUUCGUCGUACCCCGUUACUGGGACGCCCUCUGGCACCAGCCAACGCGCAACCGCAACUACACUCUCCUCACCUCGGUGUUUGUGCAUGGGGGCCUCACACAUCUCGGGGUGAACAUGUUCGGAACACACAGCUUCCUGGGUCCCGUAGGUCAUUCGCCGCUCUUCGAGGGCAGCGCGUACCACGCACUCUCGUUCUUCCUCUCCGUAGGCAUUCUCUCCAGCUUCGCACAGCACUGGUCCACCCUGAUCGCGCCGCGAAAGCGACCCCUACCUGCAGUCUUCAUCCGUUGCGGAGGCGCGAGCGGUGCGCUCUUUGGUCUGCUCGGCGUCUUCUGUUGGCAGUACCCAACUGCGCAGCUGGGCAUCUUGUUUUUGCCAUUCCGGAUCGACGCGCAGCAAUUUCUGCCGUUCCUUAUGGUCUUCGAUUUCGUGGGCAUGACGCGAGGGUACGCAUUUGCGAACCUUGGGCACGCGGCUCACUUGUCGGGUGCGUGCCUUGGCCUCGCGUACUCGCAGUUCGACGGCAAGAACAGGAUAUGGAACCCGCUUGUACGGUUCUGGAAGCGUCAGCUGCAGAGUGGUUUGAAGUCUGAGUGA